GAACCAAAAACCAUAGAUCCCAUUCAACAUCGAGACAAAAUGAAUAUUCCCAAAAACCAACUAGCUAGGUAGGUCAAGAAUGAAGAUGAUAAGUAUAUAUAAAUGACAAGAUGGAGUAAUAUUGAUUUGUCCAUGAAUCACAAUGUCCUCCCUCCUCCUACUAGCCUCUCUCUUCCUAGUAGUAUGGUUGCUUCUUCUCUCUAGGAGAAGAAAAACAUCGGAGAAGACACCCCCGGGAUCAUUAGGAAUACCAUUAAUCGGGCAAAGCCUGAGCCUCCUGUGGGCCAUGCGUGCCAACACCGCCGAGAAAUGGAUGGCCGACAGAGCUCGAAGGUACGGCGCCGUUUCGAAGCUGAGCCUCUUCGGGAAACCAACCGUGUUUAUGUACGGUCAGGCUGCCAACAGGUUCGUGUUCUCGAGCGACGGCAACAAACUGAGCAACCAGCAGACGGAGUCUGUGAGGAUGAUCUUAGGCGAUCGCUGCCUCUUGGAACUUGUCGGAGAGGAUCAUAAGCGGAUCAGAGACGCUCUCGCUUCUUUCCUCAAGCCUGACUGCUUGAAGAAUUACAUUGGCAAGAUGGAGGAAGAAGUGAGGAUGCACCUUCAAAUGCAUUGGCAUGGCGAAACCAGUCUCAAGGUUCUGCCCCUCAUGAAGACGCUCACAUUCAACAUAAUAUGCUCUCUUUUGUUUGGUGUUGAGAGAGGAGCAGCAAGGGACACAUUGGUGGUGUAUUUCCAAGAGAUGAUCGAUGGGAUGUGGUCCGUCCCGCUUAAUCUGCCAUUCACACGCUUCAACCGCAGCCUCAAGGCAAGUGCUAAGGUUCAGAAGAUGCUGAAACAUCUUCUCUCUGAGAAGAGGGCUCAGCUCGCUGCAGGAGCUUCUUCUCACCAAGACCUCAUCACCUGCUUGCUCACCGUUCGCGGUGCCCGACUAGUCUCCGACGACGAGAUCAUACAUAAUGUAAUGCUCAUUAUGGUUGCAGGCCACGACACGUCCUCGGUCUUGAUCACUUUCAUGGUACGACUUCUCGCAAACCAUCCCGAGAUACACGCAGCACUUCUCAGAGAGCAAGAAGGAAUCAACAAGUGUGGAGAUUUCUUGACAUGGGAAGAUCUUGGGAAGAUGAAGUAUACCUGGAGAGUGGCGAUGGAGACUCUCCGGACAAUUCCCCCGUUGUUCGGAGGGUUCCGGAAGACGCUGGAGGACAUCGAGUAUCAAGGAUACAUUAUUCCCAAAGGAUGGCAGAUUCUGUGGGUGAGUGCCAUGACUCACAUGGAUGACACCAUUUUCCCAGAAGCAUCAAAGUUUGAUCCGGAGAGAUUCUGCAAUCCAGCAGGGGUGCCGCCUUACACUUACAUUCCCUUCGGAGGGGGGGCUCGUAUAUGCCCCGGAUACGAGUUCGCCAAGAUUGAGACGCUACUCACUAUUCGUUACCUGGUUAUGCACUUCACGUGGAAGCUCGGCUGCAACGACAACCGUUUCCGAAGGGAUCCCAUGCCGGUACCUACUCAAGGACUUCCCAUUCAGAUUAUGCCCAGGAACCUGCUCUAGCUAUUUGUAAAACCUAACUUCAUACUUUGCAGGACAUGAAAUUAUAAAUCACAGAGAAUGAAACUACUUUCAUGAUCAAA